GGUUAUGUGUCAGUUUAUGUUUUGAACGAGCUUCCAGAUAUAUAUGUUGUGAUGUCUUUUUAAUAUUUAUAAAUGAAUAAACUAAAUUAAGUGUAGUUUAAAAAUGGAUCAUAUAUUUACCAUAAGUAAAAAACCAGUAAAAUCCGUCAAUUCUUCCAAACAGAACAUAUUCAACAAAUUAGAAAAAUCUAUAGUAUGUUCUAUAUCUAGUACCAAUGUUGUUGCAUUUAGUACAGAAAGUAAUUUGGAAGAAGGAAAUGCGUUGUGUUGGAGUUCCAAUGUGUAUGUAGCUGAUUUAAAUAGUCCCUGGCAAGUACACAAAAUUCUAGGCAACUCAUCACCAGUAACAGUUUUACAAUGGGACUUCACAGGUGAAUUACUAUUAAUAGGUGAUGAAAAUGGAAAUGUUAGGAUUUAUAAGACAAAAGAGCAUAUUCUAAAUGAAUGGAGCUUAGUACUACAAACUACUCUACAGGGAGAGCAUAUUUUGUCUGCUGCAUUUUUUCAUUCAGGAAAAAGGGUAUGCUUAAAUUCAGAAAAGAAAGAUAACAUAUCCUAUGUAGACAAAUUCCAACAAGUAAAGUUUGCAUGUUCUGUGAAACAAUUUGGAGGGAGGCCAGCAACUGGAGCCUUACUUUUGACAACUACUGGAAUGUUAGCAGCUGUACUUUUGCCACAAACAACAAGUCAAACUCCAAUGAUUAUUGCAACAGAAAGCUUAGGACACACAAGAAUUUUUGUCAAAACAGCAGAUAUUUGCUAUGGAAAAAAUGGUCAUUUUUUAAUUGCUGUGAGCAGUGGAAAUCCAGUGAUGCCUAUUCAGUGUUACAAGGUAUCUGUGAAAAAAAAUGACGAUAAGUGUGAGAUCCAAAGUGAAUGUUUAUUAAGUUUUUACCUUUUUGAGGCACCGAAGGAAGCUAUCAUGGAUCAGUUAACAAGGGACAAGCGUUGUACAGUUAACCAAAUAAAAUGGAUAAUGAGAGAAGAUGCUGAUUCGCUGGUUGUGUCAGCAAGUAGUGACAAAUUAAGUUGCCUGCAGGUGUGGGAACUUAGAGAGAAGGCUGUGCCUGUUCAUAAAUCCUUGGGGAAUUCUGACUCUCCACAAUUUUAUACCACUGUGUUAUGGCAAUAUCAAUGCCACUUUCAAUACAAUAGCAAAGUGACGUCAUUAUCAACUAGUAAACUAAGUCUUGUAAAUAGUUUGUCAAGUGGGUAUAUAGUGGUUACCUAUGCAGACAACACCAUACAUUGUCUGUGUAGGGACUCGCUCAAACCUAUAGCUAACACAAAACUUUCAAUGAUGCCUCGAUAUUUGGAAGAAUCCAAUGCAAAGUAUCAAAAGAUAGACACCAAAAUCUCCAACAUAGAUAUGUCCUGGCUUGGUAACAUUCUAUUGAUUGUGGACUCUGAUGAUAGCUUGCAUUUAUUCCGAUUGCCUCCACAAAUAGACAGUUCACAACCAUUAAGUGUUCCAUAUUGCACCACAAUUUUGGAAUACUGUUUAGUGACAGGAUUAGACUGGUUAGAUUUAUUACUGGUACUUAGGCCUGGACUUCUUGACGCUUUGUGCGACAGAUUAAGUGAGAGUUUUAAUAGACAGCCCAGCUCUCUACAACAAUUUUACUAUGUACAGUAUUUGUGUAUAAAAAUAUCACUGUAUAGGCUUACAGCUCAGGGACAAAACAAAGCAAGUGACCUCAGUAAUUUCCUUAUGUUGCACAGUAUAUCCACUGCCUUUAAAAGCUUGUUAAGACCAAGUGAAAUGAACAGUCACGAAAAGAGCCCUGCAGAUUCAUUAGCCACUGUGAUUGCAGAGGGCCAAAGUGACGUAGAUAAAGUUCUAAUGCAUCUGGAAGCUAAAGAGUUUACAGUAGAACCGUCUACAUUGCAAAGCCUUCAGCAAUUAAUUCAAUGGGUAGCAGAUUUAGCACUGAACCUACUGAUUAAGCUGCCAGACAGUAGGCCUUCACCAGGAAAAUCAUAUGAAUUGCUUAGAGAUGUGAAGGCUCUAAACAUGUUGAGAGAGAUGCUGGUAUUGAUAAGAAUCUGGGGAUUGUUGAGACCAGCCUGUUUGCCAGUGUUUAUUAAAUCGGAUGGGACUUUGGAUGUUCUUGCUUUAGUUUUUAGACUACUCAGUAGAUUAGUGCAGAAUGUUAAUGAGCCAGAUGAUGCAUUAAUUGAUGAAUGUUGCUUAUUGCCAAGUCAAGUACAAAUUCAGCCACUGCAGCAGACCAGUAAUAAAAUAGCUCUUGCUUGUCCUCAGCUAAGUCAACAAAUUCUUCCACUGCAGUUGGAAUUUAACAACGAACCGGAGUGUUUGGCAUCUUCUAAUGACAUCCACACUGGUCAAACUGUAGAUUCCAUUAGGCAUCUGUACCUAGGCAGAACACCACGAAUGAUCAAACAAUGUGUUAGAUGUGGAAGUGCCGCAGGAACGGUUCCUGUCACCAGAACUGCAGCUAUUCGUGCUUGGGACCAACGUUGGCUGCGGUCAUGCCAAUGUGGUGGCCUUUGGAGAAUGCAAGUUUAUACCUAAACUAUAUACUUUAUUAGUAUUAUAUGUUCAACGGUAGCAACAGUUAAAUCAGUGUGGAGACCUUAUAAACCAUACUGCAAAUAUUAAUUAUGUUUUAUACAUUGAUAACUUUUAUUUAUAUAUUUUAUUUGAUUUUAAAACUUACCGUGGUUUGGUUUUAAUAAUUAUAUACCAUGUAAAUAAAUAAAUAAUUGACUAUACCUGUAGAAAUUUUAAAAUUUUAGAAAUAUACAAUCCGCAUUUUAA